AGGCGCUAGUGGGUCAGAUCUGGCAGAGGAAAAGGAAGCGACUGUUCCCUGUGAUGCUGUAGUUGUGCCAAACCAGGUCACAUGACAGAAAAUUCUACUGCACUGCUGCUACAUCUCCACUUGUGAUCAUGCCCACCACACAGUCUCCUCAGGAUGAGCAGGAGAAGCUCCUGGAUGAGGCCGUGCAAGCUGUCAAGGUUCAGUCCUUCCAGAUGAAACGAUGCCUGGACAAGAACAAAUUGAUGGAUGCUCUGAAGCAUGCCUCUAACAUGCUGGGGGAGCUGAGGACGUCCAUGCUUUCUCCAAAGAGCUACUAUGAGCUCUACAUGGCCAUCUCAGAUGAGCUCCACUACCUGGAGGUGUAUCUCACUGAUGAGUUCGCCAAAGGGCGUAAGGUGGCAGAUCUGUACGAGCUGGUGCAGUAUGCAGGCAACAUCAUUCCCAGGCUAUACCUCCUGAUCACAGUGGGCGUGGUCUAUGUGCGCUCCUUCCCUCAGUCUCGGAAGGACAUCCUGAAGGACCUGGUGGAGAUGUGUCGAGGUGUGCAGCAUCCUCUGAGAGGCCUGUUCCUCAGGAACUACCUGCUGCAGUGCACCCGGAACAUUCUGCCUGACGACGGGGAGCAGUUAGAGGGCUCAGAGGAGAUGACUGGGGACAUUACUGACUCUGUUGACUUUGUCCUUUUGAACUUUGCGGAGAUGAAUAAAUUAUGGGUCAGAAUGCAGCAUCAGGGACACAGCCGAGACCGAGAGAAGAGGGAGAAGGAGCGCCAAGAACUCAGGAUUCUGGUCGGCACCAACCUGGUACGCCUGAGCCAGCUGGAGGGCGUCAAUGUGGAAAAGUACAAACAGAUUGUUCUCCCUGGUGUUUUGGAGCAGGUGGUCAACUGCAGAGAUUCCUUGGCUCAGGAGUAUCUGAUGGAGUGUAUUAUUCAGGUUUUCCCUGAUGAGUUCCAUCUUCAGACACUAAACCCUUUUCUGCGAUCGUGUGCUGAGCUGCACCAACACGUCAAUGUCAAGAAUAUUAUCAUCGCCCUUAUUGACCGCCUAGCCCUGUUUGCUCAUCGAGAAGACGGCCCAGGCAUUCCAGCAGAGAUUAAACUCUUCGACAUCUUCUCCCAACAAGUCGCCACAGUCAUUCAGUCUCGACAGGACAUGCCCUCAGAGGAUGUGGUGUCUCUCCAAGUGUCCCUCAUUAACCUGGCCAUGAAGUGUUACCCGGACCGCGUGGACUAUGUGGACAAAGUGUUGGAGAGCACGGUGGAGAUCUUCAACAAACUCAACUUGGAACACAUAGCGACCAGCAGUGCCGUGUCCAAAGAGCUGAUGCGACUGUUGAAGAUCCCUGUGGACUCCUACAACAACAUUCUGACUGUACUGCAGCUCAAGCACUUCCCCCCUCUCUUCGAGUACUUCGACUACGAGUCACGCAAGAACAUGAGCUGUUACGUACUUAGCAACACACUGGACUACAAUACCACCAUUGUAGCCCAGGAACAGGUGGACUCCAUCUUAAAUCUGGUGUCGACGCUGGUCCAGGACCAGCCUGACCAGCCGUCAGACGAGCCAGACCCAGAGGACUUUGCUGAGGAGCAGAGUCUGGUGGGACGCUUCAUCCAUCUGCUACACUCCGAGGACCCCGACCAGCAGUACCUUAUCCUGAGCACAGCACGGAAACACUUUGGUGCCGGUGGAAACCAAAGAAUCCGCUUCACACUCCCUCCUCUGGUGUUUGCUGCGUACCAGCUGGCCUUCAGAUACAAGGAGAACUCUUCAUCGGACGACAAGUGGGAGAAGAAAUGCCAGAAAAUCUUUUCCUUCGCUCACCAGACCAUCAGCGCUCUCAUCAAAGCAGAGUUUGCAGAGCUGCCUCUCCGACUUUUCCUGCAGGGGGCGUUAGCAGCUGGAGAAAUUGGUUUUGAGAACCAUGAGACUGUGGCGUAUGAGUUCAUGUCCCAGGCCUUUUCUCUUUAUGAAGAUGAGAUUAGUGACUCCAAAGCCCAGCUGGCGGCCAUCACGCUGAUCAUUGGGACCUUUGAGCGCAUGAGAUGUUUCAGCGAGGAGAACCAUGAACCCCUGAGGACACAGUGUGCGCUGGCAGCCUCCAAACUGCUCAAGAAGCCUGACCAGUGCAGAGCGGUCAGCAUCUGCGCUCACCUCUUCUGGUCUGGACGCAGCACAGAUAAGAACGGGGAGGAGAUCCGCGAUGGAAAAAGAGUGAUGGAAUGUCUGAAAAAAGCCCUGAAAAUUGCCAACCAAUGCAUGGACCAGUCACUGCAAGUUCAACUUUUCAUUGAAAUCCUCAACAGAUAUGUGUGCUUCUAUGAGCGGGAGAAUGAUGCGGUGACUGUCCAGGUCCUAAACCAACUGAUCCAGAAGAUCCGAGAGGACCUCCCCAACCUGGAGGCCAGUGAGGAGACGGAGCAGAUCAACAAGCACUUCCAGAACACUCUGGAGCACCUGCGCCUGCAGAGGGAGUCCCCCGAGACAGAGGGCCCGGCGUACGAGGGCCUGCUCCUAUAGGCUGCACACGUCACCCACACCACACAUGUGACCAGGACUCGGCAUUAACGACAGACAGGGGUCAAAUGUCAGUAGAAUAUUACACAUAUAGUCACCUGAGUGGUUAAAUUUUUAACUUUUGAGGAGAUGAGACGGUUUAACAACAGUGGAGGAAAAAAGAAUACUGUGUCUCAUUUCAUUAAAAAAAAUGUGACUUAGUCUAUUUUACCAAUAUUUAUGUUUGACUGGAUUUAUCUCAACUACUUUGGAAAAAUGUUGUCAGAAGUAUAGAAAAUGACAUACUAAGUGAUAAUAAAACUAGAAUCCACACUAGAUACUGAGGAAAAAAUGUCACAUUCGCAGGAUAGAACUGAACCUUUCCUUUAGAAUAAUAGCUUUAGAAUGAUCUUGAGCUGUAUCAGGACAAGUAUAAGAGCACUUAAACCUCAUAGUAUGAGCUCAUGGACCAUUUUGGAACCUACCUGGAUGACUGAGGGAUUACACAGAUAUAAGACCACAUAGGAAUAGAAAAGAAAAUACUAUUAUUUAAUGUUGAUUCUAUUGUCUACAGAAAUCAAGUAGAGAGAGCCCGAAGUCCCUGUGUGCAGUUCCACUAAGGGGAAAAAGUGGUUGAAAUGAGGCCUGAAGUAAUAGCUGCUAAAUCCAAAUUUAGUUCCUAAACAGAAUCAGAAAAUACACUCUUCCACUUUGUGAUGUAAUUUAAUACAGGAAGCGCUUCACUGUGUUUUAGAACUCCAUACAUCUUCACUAGAAUUAUUUGGAUUUCAGCCUUGGAAUUGCCAAUCUCCACUGAAUAAAAGUUAAAAGCAGCUGUUAACUUGAAAAAGUACUGCUUCAUGACAUCACAAGGUCGAACGGGCAUUUUGCUUUGCAGUUAUAGAGAGCCCAGUAAUACAGCAUUAUUCAAACGUGUGAAUGAAACAACACACCUCCAGGUAUGUGUUUGAUGAGGUAACGAAGUUCUAAUGUGACUUAAAACUCACAAGAGUCAAUCUCACAUAAUAGUUAAAUUUCUUCCUCCAAAGUCUGAACUCUGCUCCAGUGUCCACAUGCUUUUACUGAGGACUUACUGUAGACCCUUUAACUAACAAGACCCAAGCUGAUCAUUGACCAUCUGUAAAGAGUGGAUUUAUUAAAAUUCUAUUAAUUGCACGGCUGUAAGUUAAUGCCAAGCCCUGUAUGUGACACCCAACACUAGAACAUGAUUCCAUCCUUCAAGCUGUGUGACUGGUCAAGCCCACUGUGCACCCAUGGUCCCGUCUGAUCGUCUCGUCACUGCCCCCUCUCUCUCACACGUGUCCAUUGCACAUGUCUAACCUCUGCGCUUACAUGUCAACUCCUCUUCUUUAUGUAUCCUCAUUGUUUAUGUGUCCCGGACAUUGAGAGUUAGUUAGAGCGCAGCUUGUUUUUCUUUUUUUUUUUUUUUUUUUUUUGUUUAGGUUUUUUUUUGCUGGAGAAUUAUUUACUAUUCAUUCAGUUUUAUUAUAAAUUGCCUAAAUGCUUGUAAAACAGAUUACAAACUAAAUAGUGAUUAAAUAGUGAAAUUAUCGUCAUGUAACUGAAAUAAAGUUAUCCAAUAAAAUGUGUGCUCUAUAA